AUGGAAAUCGCAGAAAUGCUCGAGCAUAGAAGGAUUGACAUCUGCUGGCUUCAGGAAACCCGAUGGAAAUCGAAUGGUGUCUGUCAUGUCAACUCAGACAAAGAAAAAUAUAAACUAUUCUGGAAUGGUCAAAAGACGGCCAAAAAUGGUGUUGGAAUUUUUGUCAGAGAACCGCUAGCCCAAGAAGUACUGGAUAUUAAAAGGAUUAAUUCACGUCUUAUGUGGAUCAAACUUCGCAUAGAAAAGCAAACAAUGAUUAUUUUUUCUGCGUUCUCUGACACCAUCUCAACAAUACCAAAAUAUGAAACAAUCUUGAUUGGAGGUGAUCCCAAUGGCCACGUU